AUGUCUAUAAUCUCCAAAGUUUUGCUUAUCGUUGCGCUUGCACAACUAUUUCAUUCUGGAUUCUCUAGUUAUGAGUUUCAUCAAUUAAAGAAGCAACUCGCAGCUGGUUCUUCAGUGGCAAUUGACCAAAUAUCACUUCCCAAAGACAUUCGAUUAGAAGUUCUUAGUGGACUUAUAUUAUUCACUUUCUCAGUUUUUAUGUCGUUUGGCAAGCUGACUUACCUGCCACUUUCCGGAAAACCUGUACUACUAAGCCAACAUGAGUAUCUUAAGGAAAUAGACAUGAACAGAGCAACAAUGACCAAUAAUCUUAUUGGAAGCGAUCCCUAUGGCGAAAUUACGUAUACACCAAAUUUUGUCGACGUCCAUGCGAAAAGGAAAGAGCUUAAACAAUGGUUGAACGACAGAGAAUCGCACGAUAAGGUCAACUGA